AUGGCAAUAGUAGAAGAAAUCGAUGGAAAUCCUAGCGAUGAACUUCCAGAGCAGGCUAAUGCACCGUUUAUGAGCCUCCGUCAAAUCAAAGCCUGCGGACAUCUUUUACUGGGAACACUUCAGCUCCGUUGUGAAUCACAUGGUAGUCCGGAAGAUCCACGAAAAGAGGCAGUUAUGGCAAGAGUAUUCAUCAAAAAGCGUCUUCGUAUGAUCCCAGAAACCGAUGACAAAAACAGUCGUGACUACGUUCUUCGAUCGCUUUACAAUCUUCUCGACACCCAUUUCGCUGUGAUCUUCAAAAAAAUUGGACAGAUUUCUGGAGAGCUCGCGUUCUUGUCCGGAAUCCAACACAGUCCAGAAUUUGACAGUGUCGAGCUUCAAUUCGUCUGGGCAUGCGAUUAUCUUUUCAAGUCGGGUCAAUUGGAAGAGGUCAGCCGAGGCGACUUCAUUGUUCCGGAAACUCCGGAGUUCGAGAUGCCACCACUGGAUGAUGUUGGAGAGGAAGCUGAGAGAAACUUCAUGGCCGAGAGCGAAAUGGAACUUCGUCGUCAGCUCGAAGGAUAUCUUUCCAUUGAAGGAAAACAGUGA